UUUGUCUCGUUUAGUAGCUUACUCGUUUUGUUGUAUUGAAUUGUGAAUAAAGCAGUCAGAACUCUGGUUAGUUGUAUUUAAAUCAUUUGUUUAUAGUAGAAAUAAUGUCAGUGGUUCCUCCGAAUCGCUCAUCUACUGGCUGGCCGCGUGGAGUAAAUCAGUUUGGUAAUAAAUACAUCACUUCCCCCGCCAAACCGCUCACACUGGAGAGAACCAUUAACCUAUAUCCCUUAACUAAUUACACAUUCGGCACAAAAGAGCCUCUCUAUGAAAAAGACAGCUCGGUGGCCGCCAGGUUCCAGCGCAUGCGGGAAGAGUUUGAGAAGAUCGGAAUGAGGCGAACGGUGGAGGGAGUGCUCAUCGUACAUGAACACAGACUGCCCCAUGUCCUACUGCUGCAACUGGGAACUACAUUCUUUAAGCUCCCUGGAGGAGAGUUAAACCCAGCAGAGGAUGAGGUAGAGGGCUUAAAGCGACUGAUGACUGAGAUUUUGGGACGUCAAGAUGGAGUGAAGCAGGAAUGGGUUAUUGAUGACUGCAUUGGAAACUGGUGGAGACCAAAUUUUGAACCACCACAGUACCCCUACAUUCCAGCCCACACCACUAAGCCCAAGGAACAUAAGAAGCUUUUCUUGGUCCAACUACAGGAGAAAGCAUUGUUUGCUGUACCGAAGAACUACAAGCUGGUAGCAGCCCCCUUGUUUGAGCUUUAUGACAAUGCUCCUGGGUAUGGACCUAUUAUAUCCAGCCUCCCUCAACUACUGAGCAGGUGGGAUAUUAUAAAGGUUUAACUUCAUCUACAACUGAUGAGCACACAGACUGCAAGGCUGUCUCUGUGAGUGCAGUCAAAACACGUCAUAGAUGAGUGGAUUAGAGAAGGUGGUCACCACCCUGUAAACAGAAGGAAAUGACCCCCUUCCCCUAAGCCUCGUUUUGAAAUAGAAUUGUUUUGGGUUUUUUGUCCAUCUACAUUGUGUCUUCACAACUGCAUUGUAAUUUUAGUCUUAAAUAGCUGAAAUAGCUAGACUUUGACUUUUAUGUUCAUUAAGGAGUGUAUGCAGUGACUUUGGUAAAUAUCCUGUUUUUGUUUUUUGUUUUUCUUUUAAAUUUUUAAUGUUUGCCAUUCAUUUUUAUAAUAAACUGCAAU